CGUAUCCGAACUGCGAUGCCAUAGUUCACCUGGAGCCAUGGCAUCCCGACUGCCCCUCGAAGGCAAAGUGGUCCAGGUCCGCAGCGUGGACCCCGAAGUCGUCUACCGCGUGGACGAGGGCGACUCGCGGGCGGUGGAUGCUGCUGGCCUGGUGGGCCUCGUGGGCCGAGUGCUUGGCCUGGCCUCCGGCAGCGGAAGGCACUAUGCUGUGGAGCUCUGGGACCUGGGGAUGACCCUGGCAUUCUUGCCGGACAAUCUGGCGGAGUAUGAUCCACCGGUACCCCAGGCUGGAGGCUUCGACCUCCUGUUCCCAGCCCCGGAGCCGGAGUCCAUGCUUGACUUUGGGAUGCAGCUAGGCGAGACCUUGGAGUCCAAAGGUUGGGCUGUGGUACAGCUCCCCUACUCAGACAUCCUUUGUGACGGUGCUGGCCGUGAGGCCAGGGCCAUCCGGCGCUUCACCAGCUUGCGCCAGGAAUUCAUUCCUGAUUACCUUGGACAUGGAGCCAGAGGAAAAGUACAAUUCCUGGCCCCACAGCGUGCUCGCGAAGAGCCCAAUCUUCAUCGCCUGGAUGCCGAAUUCAACAUCCUAGCGCAGGCGGUCGCUGCAAACUCCUGGCACAACAUGGGCUUUCGCUGCGUCGGUGAAAGAUGGCCAGGCAUGGUGUGGGUGCCCUAUGCGACCCGUCGAGAGGAGUACUCCCUUGAGAGCGAUUCGUUGAACGACGAUGAUGUUGAAGAAGGUCACCUCGAGGAGCAUUUGCAGUUCCUUCGGAGGAGAAGGCUAUGCUGCAUGAUGUGGCUGGAGUCCAGCGGCGAGGUUCAGCUUCAACCAGCCCCCGGGCGACCGGAGCGAGCGGUGACGCUGCCGGCGUUGCGGCGCAAGCUAUUGAUCUUCCGUGGGGACCGCAUGACCUUCUCGUACAAACCAGACGGCAGGUUUGCUGUGCUGCAGAGCUGGGUGCUGGAGCCUCCUGCAAAGUUCCAAAUCGGACGCCUUGAAGGCCAUCCUGUGAUGAAGGCAGAAGCUAUGGGUAUUCUGAAUGGCCGGCCGCAUCCAGAGGGCGACCGGGUGCAUGUGAUGAGUGUGGCGUGUAGGCUACCUGGCAAUGCCGGUGGCGCCGACCAGUACUGGUCCAUGCUCAUGGAUGGCACGGAUGGCAUGCUGACCAUCCCAAACGCCAGGUGGGACACCGACGUGUACUGCACCAAGGAUGGAGAAUUCGAGUAUGGGAAGGUGUACACCACGCAUGGUGCUUUUGUGGCGAACCAUGAAAUUUAUGGCUUCGACAACUCGUUCUUCAACAUACCGGAAGAAGAAGCCAUGUACAUGUCUCCAAGCCAGCGAGUUGUCAUGGAAGAGGGCUACUCUGUCCUCUUCAGGGCAGGUUACGUCAAGGACAGCCUUCGUGGGAAAAACAUCGGCGUGUUCCUGGGUGACACUGGCUCUGACUGGAGCCCGUUCAACCCCGCUGAGUACAUCAUCUCGCGUGGCCAGGAUACCAAGACAACAUCAGGCCUUCACACGACAGCCUACACGGGUGCCAGCACGUCCGUAGUGCCAUGCCGAUUGUCGCAUGCCUUGGAUACCAUUGGCCCUUCCCAGACUGUGGACACAGCAUGCUCCUCGUCAUUGGUUGCUACAGGGGCCGCCAUGCAGUGGCUUCGUCCACGCUUGCUCCCCGACCACCUCCAGCAUUUGAACAUUGGAAGGUUGCAGGAGGCAGUGGCUGGUGGAAUUUGCUGCCAGAUAGGUGUGGCAUCCUACAUCGGCAUGUGCGGCCUGCACAUGAUCUCCACACACGGACGUUGCUUUACCUUUGACGCCAGCGGGGACGGAUAUGCGCGCGGCGAAGGCUGCGGACUCGCAUUCUUGAAGGCCAGUGACUCUGAAGUGGACAUGUACGACCAGCUGUCCUGCUUGUUGGGCGUCUGCGUCAAUCAGGAUGGCCGCAGCGCAAGCAUGACGGCGCCCAAUGGACCUUCGCAGCAGGCAUGCAUCCUGCAAUCCAUGCGGGAGGCAGGCAAUUCAGCCAGAGAUAUCAACUUGGCAGAGUGCCACGGUACAGGCACAGCUCUGGGUGACCCGAUUGAAGUGGGCGCUUUGCGAAACGUCAUGGACCCCCGGGACACCACUCUGGCACUGACAAGCUCAAAAUCCAACAUUGGGCACUUGGAGGGCAGUGCUGGCAUUGCUGGCUUCCUGAAGUGUGUUGGAAUGUUGAUGGCUGGGACUUGCCCUCCGAAUGCCCACCUCUACUCGCUCAAUCCGCAUCUUGACGUCAAAGCGUUCCCAUGCUUCUUCGACACGGAGGCCAUUGACAGCGGAUUGAACAGCGCCCUCACUGGUGUGUCCUCCUUUGGCUUCGGUGGCACCAAUGGCCGCUGUGACGUUUGGGGUGCAGCAAGGUUUGGGCCCAACAAGUGCGGCAAAGUCAUGGAGGCGGAGGUGGACCAGAUCUACACCUUGUGUCCCAUCACCUUGGGCAAGAUCGACUACCUCACCGGGGAGCCCUUGACACGACGACUUGCUGCACUACGAAGGGGCAAGAGAAAGGCGGACGUGCUGCGAGAUGAGCUUUCUCGGUAUGAUGUCUCCAGGUAUGCAUACGACGGAGGGUUUCGUUAUCGUCAGCAAGAAAUCCCAGAAGGAAAGGAGGACUUUCCGCCGGACAGUAGCAUGUUCAUAUGCGGCUCUUGGAACGGAUUCUCAAUGGAGGAAAUGGACAUGGAUGGCGACAACUUGUUUAGCUGCAUCAUCACAUUGAGCCAAGAGAGAUAUGAGCUGUUUGACCUUUGUAUGGACCAAAAGGAGGAGCUAGCGCUCUUCCCAGCUGUGGACCGAGCAGGGCAGAUCAUAGCAGUUGAAGGUCCGGCUGUCAACAAGGAGCGCAAGAGGUGGUGCAUUGACGGGCGUGACACGGAGAUGUGUGCGGGAACCGUCAUCCAAAUCACCUUCCAGUUCAGCGUGGACAGGAUGACGGUCACAUGGAAGGAAAUCAGCGAGAAGCGGCGGGUGUUGGCCCUGCCUCGGCGACCCAGCUACUUUGUUUCGGGAAGCUUCACCAAGUGGCGCAACGUGGCUAUGAAGUGCGUGGAUGAGGAGGACUUCCAGGAGUGGUCCACCACCUUCAGGAUUGGCCAACGCGGCCGCGAAGAUUUCCAUAUCUUGAAGGAGGGGGACAAGCUGCAGGCAAUUUAUCCCACAUUCCCUCUUGCCACGGGCAGUGGCGAGGAGGCAUGCGGGCCCGACGAGUAUGGCAGCGGUCGCCACUUCCAGGUGAAGGGCAUGCCCAACGACGAGGUUGAGCUCUCGCUCUACGUGGAGGACGGUCAGGUGACAGUGAGGACCUUCACUGCUGCGUCCCGGCGUUCCAGGCAAUGGGAAAGCAUCAAGGGUUGGGCUCGACAUUCCUACUCGGUCAUUCAGCCUGGAGGACUUUCUGCCCCGAUGACGAUGGACGCCCGCCGUUCUGGGGUCUUCACUUGCAUGAUCGACGUCGGGCAGAAGUUCGACAAGCAAGCGGGCGCGUUCUGCUUCCACUUCCAGGUUGCCAUUGACGGUGACAGCCGAUGGGUCUUCCACCCGAGGCAGGUCGGUGGUCUAUCCGGCGAGGUCAUCGUAAACAGACCGCCGCUCCAUGGAAGUGGUUCCGACCUGCAGUUCACCAUCUACAGCCCAGCUCCUGGCAGGAACUUUAAGAUCACCCUGGACCUGACUGCAGAGGACAGGAGGCAUACGGUGACGUGGGCAGCUGUGUGAAGCUCAAGCAGUGCUUGAUUGCUCUCAUCAGCCAGUGCGGAUGUACAAAUCGUUGCGAGCUUAAGCUUGUAUUUGUUGAUAGCUUGAAAGUUAGACGAUGUCGUGCUUGGCUGGUGGC